UUUUUGUUAUUGCAGAAGUAUAAACGUUAUCUUUACCUACCCAAAAUCCAGAGGAAGAAGGAAACCAGUGACUUAAAAUGGCAGCCUCACUCUGCAAUUUAUCUCUCUCCUCGCCAGUAAUGCUGAAGAAAUCGAACCCAGUGAGAGUAAAAGUAUCGUCAUUUUCGAAUUCGUCAUUGUUGAGAAGGAGAGAUUAUAGAGGUUUUCAGGUGAAAGCUUUCUUCUUAAAUCCAAUGGAUGAACCCCUUAUUAAAGAAGCUCUUAAGGAACCUGUUGCGUUCAUGGGAGGGAUGUUUGCAGGUCUAUUAAGGCUUGAUUUGAACGAAGAUCCACUUAAAGAAUGGGUUACAAGGACAGUGGAAGCAACAGGGAUGACUGAGGAAGAAAUUGAUUCAGAAGGGUCAAAAUCAGAUGAAGAAGCUCCUCAAGAGAUUGUUAUUGAAUGAUGCUGGCAUCUCUGUGAGUUAUUCGCUUGGAAUGUUAUGUAAAUACAAUAUAUAUAGAUGUAACCCCAGUAAAACCCAUUUGGAUGGGAUGAAUAUUUGUUUUUUGCCAUCAAGAUAUGUAUAAGCUUAGUUUUGUUGCGGUUUUGAGCAUGAAUGUUUGUUCUUAAUACUCUCUUUCCCUUCAUCUCCUUGAUCAACAUCAACAAGAAGCUUCAUGGGUAAA